CUGCAGCAGAAACAUGUAAACAGCUGACAGCACACGAUGGCUGCGACAAGCGAGACGGUGUCGGACACGCUGUCCAUGCUGGAGCAGCGACUGCAGUGCAUCGACUAUGCGAUAAACGGCGACAGCCCACAGACGCACGAUGAGCAGCCAAAGCCGACAGCAUCAGCCGCGGCGCGUCUACGACACCUCGAGCGGACGUUGAAGGCGCUCUCCACAAAAUCUCAUGCCGUUGCAGAUGUUCUACAGAUCCACAAGCAGUAUCCUGAGCUGUUCCGUCCAGCAGACGAGAAAGCUGUACCGAGUACACUUCAUCCCGCCGCGUUGGCACAAUUGAUUCUUGCCCACGAGUCACUGUACAAGACGACUUCGGCUCAGUUGCAGACGUUGCAGGACAAUAGCACGAUUCCAGAAUCGGCACCAUUGGUCAAGUCGAUUGGGCUGGAGCCGCGUCUUGAGAGGAUUGAAGCGAAGCAGAUUGAGCAGGCAAGGGAUUUCGCGGAGCUGAGAUUGAGGAGCACAAGAUUGCUGGAGAAUUGGUACAAGGUCGGAGUGCUGGAUAUGGGUGAAAAAUGGACAGACUGGGAAGAAAGACUCAGAGAUUGUGAGAUCCUGGUUCGGAGGAGAGAGGCUGCAAAGAAGAGAGAGGAAGGGAUGCAAUGAGGAGGAGGCCAAAUGCCGCACCAUAUCCAUUGAUUACAGGCUGUCAACUUCUCGGUCGCUGUAUCAGCCACACCAAGCCAACGCGGUACCAUAUCCACUGUCCACAGGCUGUCAAGUUCUCGGUCGCUGUGUCAACCAUGCAACGCCAUGCACACCCAAACACA